AUGGCUGCCCCCGCUCAGAAGUUCAAGGUCGCUGACAUUUCCCUGGCUGCCUUCGGUCGCCGGGAGAUCGAGCUCUCCGAGAUUGAGAUGCCCGGUCUUAUGGCCAUCCGUGAGAAGUACGGCCCCGACCAGCCCCUCGCCGGUGCCCGUAUUGCUGGUUGUCUUCACAUGACCAUCCAGACUGCCGUCCUCAUCGAGACUCUCACUGCCCUCGGUGCUGAGGUUACCUGGACUUCCUGCAACAUCUUCUCCACCCAGGACCACGCUGCCGCCGCCAUCGCUGCCGCCGGUGUCCCCGUUUUCGCCUGGAAGGGUGAGACCGAGGAGGAGUACCAGUGGUGCCUCGAGCAGCAGCUGUUUGCCUUCAAGGACAACAAGAAGCUCAACCUCAUCCUCGAUGACGGUGGUGACCUCACCUCCCUUGUCCACGCUAAGCACCCCGAGAUGCUCGAUGACUGCUUCGGUGUCUCUGAGGAGACCACCACUGGUGUCCACCACCUGUACCGCAUGCUGAAGGAGGGCAAGCUCAAGGUUCCCGCCAUCAAUGUCAACGACUGCGUGACCAAGUCCAAGUUCGACAACCUGUACGGUUGCCGUGAGUCCCUCAUCGACGGUAUCAAGCGUGCCACCGAUGUCAUGAUCGCUGGUAAGAUCGGUGUCGUCGCCGGUUACGGUGAUGUCGGCAAGGGUUGUGCCCAGGCUCUUCACUCCAUGGGUGCCCGUGUCAUUGUCACUGAAGUUGACCCCAUCAACGCCCUCCAGGCCGCUGUUCAGGGUUUCGAGGUCCAGACAAUGGACGAGGCCGCCAAGAUCGGUCAGAUCUUCGUUACCACUACCGGCUGCCGUGACAUCCUUGUUGGCCGUCACUUCGAGUCUAUGCGCAAUGAUGCCAUUGUCUGCAACAUUGGUCACUUCGACAUUGAGAUUGACGUCGCCUGGCUCAAGGCCAACGCUCAGUCCGUCCAGAACAUCAAGCCCCAGGUUGACCGCUACCUCCUGAACGGCAAGCACAUCAUCCUGCUCGCCGAGGGCCGUCUGGUCAACCUUGGCUGUGCCACCGGUCACUCCUCCUUCGUCAUGUCCUGCUCCUUCUCCAACCAGGUCCUUGCCCAGAUUGCUCUGUUCAAGGCCGAGGAUGCCGUUUUCGGUGAGAAGUACAUCGAGUUCGGCAAGGGUGGCAAGAAGCCCGUUGGUGUCUACGUUCUCCCCAAGGCACUUGACGAGCAGGUUGCCCUGUGCCACUUGGAGCACGUGAACGCCAAGCUCACCAAGCUGACCCCCGUCCAGGCUGAGUACCUCGGCCUUGACGUCAACGGUCCUUUCAAGAGCGAGAUCUACCGCUACUAA